AUGUCAUUGUUGAAUGAGAAGGAAACAAUCGACAAUGACAAUGAUACCCGUGAUGAUAUUCGAUCACAAGUAUCAAGAUUAUUGUCAAAGUUUUUCGAUGAAGAUAAUGAUAAUCGAUCCACAACCAACACUUUUGUUGGCUGUGAUAAUAAACAAAAAUUGAAUGUCGAUGACCAUCACCACAACAAUGGCCAACAACAUCAAUAUUCGAUUGGUGAAGUCAAGAAUUUUAAUGAACAACUACGCAAUCAAUUGGAACGAAUAUUUGAUCGAAAUGAAGAGCUACAGGAAGAAUUACAACUACAUUUACAAUACAAUAGACAACUAUUGUUAGAAGUUGAAAAGUUUGAACAAUUCAAAAACGAAAUAGACCAAUUGACUGGCGAUGUACACAGUGACGAAGAGUCACAAUCAGAAAAACAAAUCGAAAACAACAAGGAAAAUGACUGA